AACAAAAGAAAAGAGAAGGGAAAAAUAACCCAAAUUGGCAGAGCUUAUUAUCAGUUUCCAGUUUCUAGCAGCAGCAAUUGGACGACGGCAGGGCAGAAGCAGUGAUCCGCUGUAGCAAUUGUCAAUUUUCCAGAUUUCUCCAUAUCAGACAAGCGCAACACCUCUCAUCAAUCAAUCGACUACCAAAAUAUUAAAAAAAAAAAAAAAAAAAACUCCUAUCUUCUUCCCCAAACUCAACCCUAAACCUAAACCUAAACCCAAACCCCAGUUAGUCACCUUCCCUCCAUCUCCGCCUCCCACCACACUAUUGCGUACUUUCAAAAUAGAGUUAUGGAAGAAAGUUCAAAUUGGGAUUUCCGGUUUGGGACUCUUACACCGUAGUACAAGACUACGAAGCGGGCGUUUCCUCGUCUCCGCGUUUUACGGCGACUAAGGGUUGGCAGGCAUUUCUUUAAGUGAUACUAAGAUUAAGUGGAAGGAAGGAAGGUGAAGAAAUGGGGAGCUUCAUUUACCAUGUAUUCUCCUCAUCGGCUCUCUUCUCUCUGGGUCUCUACCAUCUCAUCUCUGCCACCUGCAGCCACCUUAAAUCCCCUCGUGAAUACUCUGCCAAACCCUUCUAUCAUCUUUCCCUCUUUCCCUCCUCAUCCCCCCGCCUCCGCUACCUUCCUCUCUACCUCAUCAUCCUCUCCCUUCUUAUUGCCUCUGCCCACCAAGCCUUCAUCUCUUUCGACUCAGAUCCCCUCCUCAAGGGUCGCACCCCUGUCCAUAUGUUCUCCUCCCUCCAGCUCUCUGCCCUUCUCCUCUGCUUUCUCCUCCUCUCUGUCUCCCUCCUCCUUUCUGACUCCACCUCCCUCCUCCCCCUACCCCCUGACAUCUUCUUUCUCAUCGCCUCUGCCCUCUUCUUUCUAUGCUUCUCUGCCUCAUCUUCCUCUGCCUCUUUCCAGACCUCUGAUCUGCAAGCCAAGUGUGACUCUGUCUCCGCCCGCAUCUCUGCCAUCUCCUCCUUCAUCUCCCUCGUCCUUGCUUGCAAUCCCAGACUCUUUGUAGCUGAACUUCUCUUUGCUGCCUCACUUUGCCUUCAGGGCCUCUGGCUCCUUCAAACUGGUCUCUCCCUCUAUGUUGAUGCAUUCAUCCCCGAGGGCUGCCACAAGCUAUUGGAUGUUGUCAGUGGUGUUGAGGGCUCCACCAAGUGUGAUUUGGAGGAUUCCAAGCUAAGGGCCGCUGCCCUCCUUGAUUUGGUCUUUGUUGUCCACGUCUUCUUUGUGCUUCUCAUUUUAAUGGUCACUUAUGCACUUCUUGCCAGGGCCCUAGGCCGGCGAUUUGGCUCUUACGAGGCCUUACCCACAUCUGCAAGCCCUGUGGAUUCAAACCAUAUUCAGAUGAAGGCCUUGACUGGCACACAGGCUUAAUCAGGAUCACCACCUUUAUGGUUUUACUGUUAAGUAUUUUUCUAAAAAGUAUCAUGGAGUUUUGGACUGUUGCAUCUUGAUUCUGUGGUAAUAGUACCAUUUCCCUUUAAUUUCAUAGUAUGUCCUGAGUCCAGACAUUUAGGUAGUUGUAUCUUGAGAAAUGGCUUAGUACACCAAGUGCCCAAGUGGUUUAUUUCUUUUGUAUUAAACCCUGUUAAAGAUAUGCUUAAUGCGCAUUUUAGAAGAUAUUGUUUACAAUGCCCUGAAUAGAGUUUAAGAAGUUUAACGUAUGUUGAGCCAUUCUUUGUUUGGAUUUGAGCUUGUGUGUUCUUGGGGUUGUAUUUUGAGGUGGAGUUACCAUCAUCUAUACUCACCUAGGACAAAUCUGGUUCUACCAUUGCUUGUGGAACAGGUCUCAGUGCCCAAACCAUGUUGAAAUUUUAUGUGCUUUUUUCUUUCAUGCUA